AAAAAAAAAACCACGCAGAGAAGCAAGUAGAUAGUGUCUGUCAAAGAAACCUCAGGAAUUAAGAGUUACACAUUUUUCAAGAUGGAUUUUUCAAAACUACCCAAAAUCUCUGAUGUAGAGAAAGAGAGCAAAGUGGGUUACGUGUUUGGAGUCUCAGGACCAGUGGUCAUUGCGACUGAGAUGUCUGGAGCUGCUAUGUAUGAGCUGGUCAGGGUGGGUCACUCGGAGCUGGUCGGGGAAAUCAUUAGACUGGAAGGAAAUCUGGCCACAGUGCAGGUGUACGAGGAGACAGCGGGAGUCUGCGUGGGGGACCCGGUGCUGCGGACCGGCCAGCCCCUCUCCGUCGAGCUGGGGCCCGGAAUCAUGGGCUCCAUCUUCGACGGGAUCCAGCGCCCCCUGCAGGACAUCAGCGAGCUGACGCACAGCAUCUACAUCCCCAGUGGAGUCAACAUGGGAGCCCUGAGCCGGGGGAGGGAGUGGGAGUUCAACCCAGAGAAGAGUAUCCGGCCUGGUUCUCACGUGGUUGGGGGUGAUGUCUACGCCUCAGUCCGGGAGAACUCUCUGGUCUCUCACAGGGUGAUGGUGCCGCCCAAAUCCCGCGGGACUGUCACCUACCUGGCACCACCCGGGCACUACAACAUAACGGAUGUGGUGAUGGAGCUCCAGUUUGAAGGUGUGAAGGAGAGCCUGACACUGAAGCAGAUCUGGCCAGUCAGGCAGGUGCGUCCAGUGCUGGAGAAGCUGCAAGCCAACCAACCUCUGCUGACCGGCCAGAGGGUGCUGGAUGCGCUAUUCCCGUGUGUGCUCGGAGGCACUACUGCGAUCCCUGGUGCGUUUGGCUGUGGGAAGACGGUGAUCUCACAAUCCCUCUCCAAAUACUCCAACAGCGACAUCAUUGUGUAUGUGGGCUGCGGCGAGCGAGGGAAUGAGAUGUCAGAGGUGCUGAGAGACUUCCCCGAGUUGACGAUGGAGGUGGAUGGGAAGACAGAGUCUAUAAUGAAGCGCACUACCCUGGUAGCAAACACUUCGAACAUGCCUGUGGCAGCGAGAGAGGCCUCCAUCUACACAGGUAUUACGCUGUCAGAGUAUUUCAGAGACAUGGGGUACCAUGUCUCUAUGAUGGCAGAUUCCACAUCACGCUGGGCUGAGGCACUUCGAGAGAUAUCGGGGAGACUGGCGGAGAUGCCAGCAGACAGUGGGUACCCUGCCUAUCUCGGGGCGCGCUUGGCCUCGUUCUACGAACGUGCAGGGACCACAGGCCACAAACCCCAGGGCUCACUCUCUCGCUCUCGCUCUGUGCUGCUGUGUUUCAGAGUGUCGCCCCCCGGAGGAGACUUUUCGGAUCCUGUCACUUCAGCAACACUGGGGAUCGUGCAGGUGUUCUGGGGUCUUGAUAAGAAGUUGGCUCAGCGGAAGCACUUCCCCUCUCUGAACUGGCUCAUCAGUUACAGUAAGUACAUUGGAGCCCUGGAACCAUACUAUGACAGGCUGCACCCCGAGUUUGCUCCUCUUCGAACCCGAGCCAAGGAGAUCCUGCAGGAGGAGGAAGACCUGGCCGAGAUCGUGCAGCUGGUGGGGAAGUCCUCUCUUGCAGAAGUUGAUAAGAUCACUCUUGAAGUUGCCAAACUCUUGAAAGAUGAUUUCCUUCAACAGAAUGGCUAUUCUUCCUAUGACAGGUUCUGUCCAUUCUAUAAGACUGUGGGGAUGCUCCAAAACAUGAUUGGGUUCUACGAUCUGGCCCGGCAGUCUGUGGAGAGGACGGCCCAGUCUGAGAACAAGAUCACGUGGGCAGUGAUCAGAGAGGGGCUGGGGGGAGUGCUGUACAAACUCAGCGCCAUGAAAUUCAAGGACCCUGUGCUUGACGGAGAGUUAAAGAUUCGCUCUGAUUACAAUGCUCUGAAUGAGGAGAUGCAGAGUGCUUUCCGAGCCCUGGAAGACUUCUGAGAAACCAACUCUCCGUCCUUCCAUCACAUUCCUCCAUUACAUCCCUCCAUCAUUGCAUCCCUCCAUCACUUGAGACUGGACUAAUGCAUGAGAAAACUAAAAGUCAUUUUCAAUAAACAAAGAGAAAACUACUUGUUUUGAGGAGAUUCGGUGAUUUACUGUCAUUUGUGAAAUUAUUAAUAAUUUUCAGAUACAUUUCUACCCAUAUAAAAAAACAAAUCUGUAAUGUAAGUAUUCACAGUGUAAUACAUUGUAUUUAUGAAAUCUGCUUUACUGUUGAAAUGGGAGAUUAUUAAAAGUUUGAAAUGUCUAAUUCUGUUUUAAUAAGUACAGUCCAUAAGAGUCGGGCCAACUACUCAUGUUAAAUAGUUUUAUAAAUCAGCCUAUGCAUCGUGUAAAUUUUUUUUAAAUUAAUAAUUUGAGGAGAUUCAGUAAUGUAAUGUCAAUUGUGAAAUUAUUACUCAUUUUCCAUUUUCAGUUCAUUUCCACCCAUAAUAAUAAUAAAAAAGAA